UUCCGCGGUCACACUGUUCGGCUUUUACAAUUUACAAUUUACAAUUUUGUUGGGAGAAAUAUGUCUAAAUAUAAGCAUUAGAAAUGGAAUACGAAUCUUCCGAAUUCAGUGAUAUAACCACAGGAAGCUGCAAGAAAAGGCUAAAUUUUCUAAAAUAUAUUCUAAGCGAUACAACAGUCGAUCAAAAAUGGGCAUCCGACUUGGGCGAGGACACGGAAGGGCAUCAGUUCUCCUUGGACUAUCUGCUCGACACCUUCAUCGUGCUCUACGACGAAUGCAGCAACUCAUCCCUGCGUCGUGAGAAAGGAGUUUCGGAUUUUCUUAAACUAUCUAAACCCUUCGUUCAUGUGGUGCGAAAACUGCGACUGGGUCGUGAUGAUUUUGACAUAUUGAAAAUCAUCGGGCGAGGGGCCUUUGGUGAGGUAUGCGUCGUCCAGAUGAUAUCCACCGAGAAGGUGUACGCCAUGAAAAUACUGAACAAGUGGGAGAUGCUGAAGCGGGCCGAAACGGCGUGCUUUCGCGAGGAGCGGGACGUGCUGGUCUUUGGCGAUCGGCAGUGGAUCACGAACCUGCACUACGCCUUUCAGGACAACAUUAAUCUGUAUCUUGUCAUGGACUAUUAUUGCGGGGGCGAUCUGCUAACGUUGCUGAGUAAAUUCGAGGACAAGCUGCCGGAGGACAUGGCCAAGUUCUACAUUACCGAAAUGAUUUUAGCCAUCCACAGUAUUCAUCAGAUUAAGUAUGUCCAUCGGGAUAUAAAGCCGGAUAAUGUGCUGCUGGACAAGCGGGGCCAUGUGCGGCUGGCGGACUUUGGCUCGUGCCUGAGGCUGGACAAGGACGGCACCGUGCAGUCGAACGUCGCUGUGGGCACGCCCGACUACAUCUCGCCCGAGAUUCUGCGUGCCAUGGAGGAUGGCAAGGGUCGCUAUGGCACCGAGUGCGAUUGGUGGUCCCUCGGCGUGUGCAUGUACGAAAUGCUGUAUGGCGAGACGCCGUUCUACGCGGAAAGUCUGGUGGAGACCUAUGGCAAGAUCAUGAACCAUCAGAACUGCUUCAAUCUGCCCACGCAGGAGACCCUCAACUAUAAAGUGUCCGAGAUGUCGCAGGAUUUGCUUUGCAAACUGAUCUGCAUACCUGAGAACCGGCUGGGCCAGAAUGGCAUUCAGGACUUUAUGGAUCACCCUUGGUUCGUGGGCAUCGAUUGGAAGAACAUUCGCUGCGGCCUGGCCCCUUACGUGCCGGAAGUUUCGAGUCCCACGGACACCUCCAACUUCGAUGUGGACGACAACGAUGUGCGACUGACCGAUUCGAUGCCGCCCUCUGCUAAUCCCGCCUUCUCUGGCUUCCAUUUGCCCUUUAUUGGCUUCACCUUUUCGCUGAACACCAGCUCCCCCGCUGACUCGAAGGCCAAUCAGAGUUCUGGCUUCGAGGAUGACAAUACCUCGUGCAGCCUGCAGCAAUCCAGCAAUCUGCCGAGCAACAACUCGGAGGCAUCGGUCGACUCCGUGCAGGACAAGAAACAGAUGAAGGCAUUGACCGAACAGAUAGCUGCCUUUAAGCAGGAGAAGCUCGAGCUGACGAAGCAGCACAGUGAGAUAUUCGAGCGGCUGAAGACGCAGGAGGCGGAGCUGCAGGAUGCCAUUUCGCAGCGCAAUGUGGCCAUGGUGGAAUACUCGGAGGUUACGGAGAAGCUCUCUGAGCUGCGCAAUCAAAAGCAGAAGCUCUCGCGGCAAGUGAGGGACAAGGAGGAGGAGCUGGACGGAGCCAUGCAGAAGAACGACAGCCUGCGCAACGAGCUGCGCAAGUCGGACAAGACGCGGAGGGAGCUCGAGCUGCACAUUGAGGAUGCGGUCAUUGAGGCCUCCAAGGAGAAGAAGCUGCGGGAGCAUGCCGAGGAGUGCUGCAGGCAGCUGCAGCUGGAGCUGCGCAAAUGCAACUCCAGCGUGGAGACGACCAUGCCCAUGAGCAUAUCCUCGGAGAUGUCUUCGUACGAAAUCGAGAGGCUGGAGAUGCAAUACUCGGAGAAGCUCAACCAUCAGCAGACGCGUCACAAUCUCGAGAUGGAGGCGCUGCGCGAGCAGCUGGAGAACUCGAAUCUAGAGCUCUCCAAGGAGCUGCAUCAGACGCAGGACAGGCUGAAGUACACGCAACUGGAAUCGAUUACGGACUCGGCCGAGACGCUGCUGGAGCUGAAGAAGCAACACGAUCUGGAGAAAUCUUCGUGGUUCGAGGAGAAGCAACGACUGAGCACGGAGGUGAGCCUCAAGGCAAAGAAUCUGAAGGAUCUGCAGGCCGAAGACGAUGAAAUCUUCAAAGAGUUGCGCAUGAAGCGAGAGGCCAUCAACCAGUGGGAGCGCCAAAUGGCUGAGAUCAUCCAGUGGGUGUCCGACGAGAAGGACGCUCGCGGCUACCUGCAGGCGCUCGCCACUAAAAUGACCGAAGAGCUGGAGUAUCUGAAGCAUGUUGGCACAUUCAAUAACAACGGGGUGGACAAUAAGAACUGGCGAAACAGGCGCUCCCAGAAGCUGGACAAGAUGGAGCUGCUCAAUCUCCAGAGUGCGCUGCAGCGGGAGAUCCAGGCCAAGGCCAUAAUAUCCGAGGAGCUCAGCCAGACCCGAUCCGAUCUGAUAUCCAUACAGAAGGAGGUGCGCGACUACAAGAAGCGCUACGAUUCUAUUCUGCACGACUUUCAGAAGAAGGAGACCGAGCUGCGGGACCUGCAGAAGGGCGGCCUCGAGUAUUCCGAGUCGUUCUUGAACAAGUCCACGCACCAGGGCCUGAGCAGCGCCUUCUUCCGGGAUAUAUCCAAGAGCGAAAUGAUUGAUGCUGCGGAUAGUUUUGGCAACGACUCGAGCGACAGCUUCAUCGGCACACCCAAUUUCUUCCAGUCUGGAAACUCUGGCAUGCUCUUCAAUUACGAACCAAAGUAUGCGGGCAAGAGCAAAGAUGGUGGCUCUCUGGCAGCCAUGAAGGAUGCCUCGGUGAGCGACAUAUCGCGCGAGGAUGCCGAGCUGCUGAUGAAGGAAUCUCAAAAGAAGGUGGCCAGCAGCAACCCCUCGAACACAGCCAUCCAUCAGUUUUUGGUGCGCACUUUUAGCAGUCCCACAAAAUGCAAUCAUUGCACAUCGCUGAUGGUUGGACUGACGCGUCAGGGUGUGGUGUGUGAGAUUUGCGGCUUUGCCUGCCACACCAUCUGCUGCCAGAAGGUGCCGACCACCUGUCCAGUUCCUAUGGAUCAGACCAAGCGGCCGCUGGGCAUUGAUCCCACGCGUGGCAUUGGCACCGCCUACGAGGGGUAUGUGAAGGUACCCAAGUCGGGGGUGAUAAAGCGCGGCUGGAUACGUCAAUUUGUUGUUGUGUGCGACUUUAAGCUAUUUCUCUAUGAUAUAUCGCCCGACCGGUGCGCCCUGCCAAGUGUGAGCGUCUCCCAAGUGUUGGAUAUGCGCGAUCCAGAAUUCUCAGUUGGCAGCGUGCGCGAAAGCGAUGUCAUACACGCGGCCAAGAAAGAUGUGCCAUGUAUUUUCAAGAUCAAAACAGCGCUCAUUGAGAGCGGUUUAUCGCUGAAUACUCUGAUGCUGGCCGACAAUGAGUCGGAGAAGUCCAAAUGGGUCAUUGCUUUGGGGGAACUACAUCGAAUAUUGAAACGAAACAGUCUACCAAAUACUGCUAUAUUUAAGGUCUACGAGAUACUGGACAAUACGCUCUCCCUCAUACGGAAUGCCUUGUGCUCUGUCAUCAUAUAUCCCAAUCAGAUUCUGUUGGGCACUGAAGAUGGACUCUUUUACAUUAAUUUGGAUCAGUAUGAAAUUGCUCGUAUUGGGGAGAGCAAAAAGAUCCUACAACUGUGGUACAUCGAAGAGGAGCAAAUUCUUGUUAUACUCUGCGGAAAGCAGCGUAAUUUGCGGCUUUUGCCCAUCAGAGCGCUAGAGGCUAGCGAUGUUGAGUGGAUCAAGGUGGUCGAAUCGAAGAACUGCAUUUCGGCCUGCACUGGCAUUAUACGCCGCUUCCCCAACAUUGUGUAUUCGUUUAUAAUUGCCCUGAAACGGCCCAACAAUCACACACAAAUCGUUGUCUACGAGAUUAAUAGAACGCGCACAAGGCACCAGAAGACUUGCGAAUUUACAAUUGGCUAUUUGGCCCAGCAUCUGCAGAUCCUGUCCGAUAUGCGGCUGGUUGUGGCUCAUCAAAGUGGAUUCACCGCCUACUUCCUGAGGGGAGAAGCUACCGCAAUGUCUCUGGUGCAUCCCGAGAACCAGCUUUGUGCAUUUUUAAAUUAUUCCGGCGUGGAUGCUGUACGAGUCAUAGAGAUACUCUGCCCCAGCGGCGGUAACUUUGGGGAGUACUUGUUGGUGUUCCAAACCCUGGCCAUUUAUGUGGAUCUGCAGGGACGCAAGUCUCGGGAUAGGGAAAUCAUGUACCCCGCUUUUCCCACAUAUAUAACCUUUUGUGACGGCCAUUUGUUGGUGUUCUCGGAAACACAUUUGGAUAUCUUUAAUACACAAACCGCUGAAUGGGUGCAGUCGAUUGGCCUGAAGCAGUCGAUUCCGCUAAAUAAUCAAGGCAAUGUGGUGCUGUCCUCAGUCAAUGACACGCCCUUGAUUGUUUAUUUGUCCAAUAUACACACAAAGGGACUUUUGCAAUAUCGUGAGGGAAAUCGCAAGGGAAUGGCAAACAUUAAGCGAAGAUUUUCCAUUCGUGAGAUUAAUAAAACAAUAAAAAGCGAUCGAAGAUCAAAGAUGAUUUCGGCCCCAACUAAUUUCAAUCACAUUUCGCAUAUGGGCCCCGGCGAAGGCAUACAAAAUCAGCGACUUUUAGAUCUACCAACAACACUCGAAACAGCCGACUGUAGUCCCAUAAUACAUUCUCUGAGCUCCAUACCAUCUAGAAAAUCAAAUUUUCUAGAACAAGUGGAUGCUAACUCUGAUGACUAUGGCAACGAUAAUAUAAUCUCUAGAACUCCCAGUCCAAUGGCAUCGUCAUUUAUGGACGGCUUAAGCAAUAACGAUUAGUGUUUCAGUCUAUCUCUACAUCUACUUAUCUAAUUUAAUCGAAUUUUUUUAAGGCAAGCUGUUUGUAAUAAACAUAUUUAAUUUCUCGAAUAUCCCAA